AUGAUUGUGGAUGAUGAGUAUGAAUAUAUUGAAGAGGAAUCUGAUGAUGAGGAUACGUAUCCACAACAAUCCAAGAGGGCCACAGCAAGACAAUAUGAGCUGGAGGCAAGCAUUACAUACCAGUACCACCAAGAUAGGCAGACUUUCUGUGAUUACAUGAUUCGUCAUAAUAUAGUUCGAUCUCUACAUGUGCAUUAG